AACCUCGGUCGAUCAAUAAUAGUGUUUCUCUCUCUCUCUCUCUCCUCUGUAAAAACUUUACCUCCCGACAGAGACAGAACAAUCCUGUUCCAUCUCGUGCGAUUCCUCGCACGUUCCCUCCUUCCCUCCUCCUUCUUCCUCGGACAGUCGUCGUAGGCGCGCCCCACUGAUCCGCCAACGCGACGAGGCGAAAUCCCCAGAUGGCUCCUCACGGCGACGGAUCGGGCGCUGCGGAGGAAGCCGCGGCCGGCGGAGCCGAGAAGCGUCCUGUUUCGACCAUCGUCAUCUUGAUCGCUAUGCAAGCUGAAGCGCUUCCAGUGGUCGACAGGUUUCAGCUCGUCGAGGAUCAGGACUCCUUGUUCCCUAAGGGUGUCCCUUGGGUUCGUUACCAUGGUACUUACAAAGACCUGAACAUAAAUUUGAUCUCGCCAGGAAAAGAUCCUUCAUCUGGGGUCGAUAGUAUUGGCACAAUUUCUGCAUCCUUGGUGACUUAUGCUUCUAUUCAGGCAUUGAAGCCUGACCUAAUAAUAAAUGCCGGUACCGCUGGUGGCUUCAAGGCUAAAGGAGCAAGCAUCAGCGACGUGUUUCUGGCAUCUGAGGUUGCUUUCCAUGAUAGAAGAAUACCAAUCCCAGUUUUUGAUCUGUAUGGAGUUGGGUUGCGACCGGCAUUUUCAACACCAAAUCUUGUAAAAGAGCUCAACUUGAAGGUUGGUAAGCUGUCAACUGGAGACUCUCUGGACAUGUCCCAACAAGAUGAAGCAACAAUCUUUGCAAAUGAUGCGACAAUCAAAGAUAUGGAGGGUGCAGCUAUUGCUUACGUAGCCGAUAUCUUGAAAGUUCCUGCAAUAUUCGUAAAAGCAGUGACCGACAUUGUGGACGGUGACAAACCGACUGCGGAGGAAUUCUUGCAAAAUUUGGCAACGGUUACCGCUGCCCUCGAUCAGACUGUCUGUCAAGUUGUCGAAUUCAUGAAUGGGAAGUGCCUUUCUGACCUCUGAGGCAUUAAUCGAUGUAGAACUUAUCGAUUUGUGUGGAGAUGACAUAAAUGCGUGCUUGUUAGAAUUCAGCUUCA